AUGCUGGGGUCCCAAGCGCGGCGCGCCAAGCAGCGCUUCUCGCAGCUGCUGCUCGAGGAGGACGAAGGGCACGUCGCGGAGUUCGCGUGCGUGUGCGUGGACCCGCCCGCGGAGCUCUUCCCGGGUGAGGGGGGUGUUGGUUCUGAGGGGGGGGGUGUCAAUGAGCUCCCGGGGCGGCUGCACCUGUGCACGCGAUCGUUGGUGCUGGAACCAGACGAUAUGGACGUCGCCGUGGCGCGGCUGCCGCUCGAGUCGUGGCUGUCGCUCGACACGCACAGCGAGCAGCGUGCGAACUCGCCAGCGCCGUCCGGGCGCCCCUCGCGCUCCCAGGAGUUCAGCGUGGUCGCGGGCGUCGUGGUGCGCAUGCGGGAGCGCGGACGCGACCACCCGUACGUCGUCGUGCGCAAGCACGACGAGGGGGGGGUGUCUCUGCGCCUGAAACUCCCCCACUCCCCCCUCGAGCAGCUCCUGGGCCCGCUGCAAGUCUACCUCGCCGCCGCGAAGACCGGCGGGCAGGAGCGCGAAGACAUGCUCGCGCGCGUCGCCGACGCCGCGCUCGCGGACGCCCCCUUCGACCCGUCGCGCCUCCACCGCCUCGGCGAAACCAUUCGCCUGUCCCUGCCGGCAUCCCUCUCGACGCCGCUGACGCACCAGCCGGGCCACCUCGCGAUCACCGACGCGCGCGUCUACUUCCAGCCGCUCCACCCCGCCGCGGGACAGCCCGCCUGCCUCUCGCACCCGCUGCCGCUCGCGGUCACGGCGGUGCCGCGCCGCAGCGGGCUGCUCGCGCUCGGGGUGGAGGUGUUCUUCCUCGGACCGGACCUCGUCGACGGCAGCGACGCGGCGGCCGCGAAGUGGGCGCCGGUGUGGCCCGGCGCGUCCGCGCUGUUCGUGAUGCGAUCGGAGGGCGACGCCGGACGCGCGCUAGAAGCACUGCUGCGCGCAGGCGUGAUGGGCGAAGCGAUCCCGCAGGCGGCGCGCAGGCCGCUGGCGGCCGCGCUGAGCGGCGAGGAGGCCGCGCUGCGGCGCGUCGCGCGCGCGUGGAGCCGGGGCCUCCUCGACACGUUUUCGUAUCUGAUGGUGUUGAAUGUUGCGUCAGGGCGAACCUUCGCCGACCUCGGACAGUGGCCGGUGUUCCCGUGGGUGCUCUCCGACUACACGUCGGAGUGCCUGGAUUUGGAGGACGCGCGGAGCUAUCGCGAUCUGUCCCGGCCCGUGGGCGCGCUGAACGCGGUGCGAUUGCAGCGGGCACGGGAGCGCAUGGCGCACUGGCCGCUGGCGCCGCCUGGGUCGAUCGACGGGCCGUUCCUGUGGGGGUCGCACUACUCCGCGCCGGGCUUCGUCAUGUACUGGCUGCUCCGUGCGGCCCCCGGGCACCACCUCAAGCUGCAACGCGGCCGCUUCGACGCCGCCGACAGGCUGUUCGGGUCCGUGGCCGCGGCUUGGGCGUCCGUCACGUCGACGCAGAGCGACGUCAAGGAGCUCGUUCCCGAGUUCUACCUCCCGGACCCCUCCCCCUUGGUCAACGCGCUCGGCCUCGACCUGGGCAUCGCGCAGGACGGACGCCGGCUCGACGACGUGGAACUCCCCCCCUGGGCGCGCGGGUCGCCGCGGCGAUUCCUCGCGGUGCUCCGCUCGGCACUCGAGGGGCCCGUCGCGUCCCGGUCCAUGCAUAAAUGGAUCGAUCUGGUGUUCGGCCACGCGCAGCGAGGCCCUGCAGCACAGCGCGCCGACAACCUGUUCCAUCCGCUGACGUACGGCGCGGCGCCGAGCGUGCGGCGGCAGCUCGACGGCAUGUCUGAGAGCGACCGCGCCGCGCUGCAGGCGCAGGCGAGGGAGUUCGGGCAGUGUCCGUCGAGGGUGUUUUCCGCGCCACACCCCCCCCGGGAAGUCCUGCCUGACCGCUGCCCGGACCCGGAUAGCCUGAUGGCUCGCGUUGCACCCAAGAACGGGGGCGAUGCAGUCGCGGAGGACGGGGACGAGCUGGCGGUGGUGCGCGCCAUGGCACGGCGCGCGGAGGAUGUCCGUUUGAAGCUCGCAGAGGUGCACGGGUCGCGGCGGGCCGCUCACGGGGGUCUGGGCGAGGAGACAGCGCAGGCGGCGGUGCGCCACGCGUUGCUCGCGUGCGCCGCUGCGCUGCUGGAGCUCGGCGGUGCGGGGGAGUCUGAGGAGGUAGAACAGUGGGAGGAGGGGAGUGUUGCGGGGACCGACCCAGAGCCUGAUGCGGGAGGCAGCGACGUAGAGGAACCGCCGCGCGAGGUGCCGCCAGCGCCGAACGUGUGGCCGGGCGGGCAGGAGGGCGGCCCGGUGAGCGCACAGGGUGCUACUGUGCGCGACGUGCGGCGACUGGCAGGCGCGCAGGCGGCCGGGGCUGCGGAGGCGCUGCGGAAGACGGCGGGCGGCAUCGGGUCGGCUCUGCGGGGAGUGUUCGCCGGGCAGGCCACGGGGAGCGGGAAAUCUGCGAUCGGAGGGUUGGUGACGAAUCUGAUGUCAGGGGGGCGUAAUGGGCCGAGGUCGCCGGGCGCGGGGGGGCGCACGGGCGCUCGGUCGCCGCAGCCGCCCGCCGGCGGAGCGAGGCAGUGGUCGUAG